GAGGGAGAGGGUUUUUACCUACACCGAGCUCCCCGUCAGGUGAAAGUGUGAGAGAAGCAGAAGAGAACAGGCAGCAGAAGGCAGUGUCAGCCAUCCCACACCAGCAUGGUGUCUCUGCUGGACAACAUAGCCAGACCUUCUGCUGUGGUCCUGCAGCUGUCUGUGGUCCUUGGGGUAAUCUUCGUGCUGCUGAAGGUGGCCCAGUUCUACCAGAAGAGGAAGAAACUCAUCAAAGCUCUGGAGGCAUUCCCUGGCCCCCCGAAACACUGGCUCUAUGGCCACAAUCACCUGAUAUAUUCUGAAAAAAUAUUACAUCAACUAGUGUCGUGGGGAGAAGAAUACCCCUAUGCCUUUCCCAGAUGGUUUGGACCAGUCCUGCCUACUCUAGUUGUCCACCAUCCUGAAUAUGCCAAAAGCAUACUUGGCCGAACGGAUCCCAAGUCCAGUGUACCCUACAAAUUCCUGCUUCCCUGGAUUGGGGAGGGGUUGUUGAUUUUGGAUGGAGCCAAAUGGUUCCAGCACCGGAAGAUGCUCACCCCAGCCUUUCAUUACGAUGUGCUGAAAUCUUACGUGACCCUGAUGGCAGACUCGGUCAAAGUGAUGCUGGAUAAAUGGGACAAGAAGAGCACAGAGGAGAAGUCAGUGGAGCUCUUUCAAGAUGUCAGCUUGAUGACACUAGACAGCAUCAUGAAGUGCGCCUUCAGUUUUAAUUCCGACUGUCAGACUGAGAGCAACUCACACUAUUACAUUAAAGCUGUUUUUGACCUGAGCUACCUCAUGAGCCAAAGAUUCCAGACUUUUUCCUUCAAGGAUAUCUUCUACAACCUGACUCGCAAGGGCCAUGAGUUUCAGGAUGCCUGCAAGCUGGCCCAUACCCACACAGAUAAGGUAAUAAAAGAAAGAAAGAUGUUGCUCUCCAAUGAGGAGGAACUUGAUAAGAUCCUGAAGAAGAGGCACCUGGAUUUUCUGGACAUUCUUCUUUGCAGCAAGGAUGCAAAUGGAGUUGGACUGUCUGAUGAGGACCUGCGUGCUGAGGUGGACACGUUCAUGUUUGAGGGUCACGAUACCACAGCCAGUGGGAUCUCCUGGCUCUUCUACUGCAUGUCAUUGCAUCCAGAGUACCAGCAACGCUGCAGGGAGGAGAUCCAGGGGAUCCUGGGAGACCGAGAUACCAUUGAGUGGGAGGACCUUGGGAAGAUGACCUACACCACGAUGUGCAUCAAAGAGAGCUUGCGCCUGUUCCCACCAGUUCCUUUCGUGUCCCGCCAGCUCUCUAAACCCGUCACAUUUCCUGAUGGACGCAGCUUGCCAGCAGGCUGCCAGGUUGCACUGAGCAUAUUUGGCAUUCAUAGGAACCGGGAUGUCUGGGAGAACCCUGAGGUUUAUGAUCCCCUGAGGUUUUCUCCAGAGAACUCAGCACAGAGGCACUCCCAUGCUUUCCUGCCUUUCUCUGCUGGACCCAGGAACUGCAUCGGGCAGCAGUUUGCCAUGAACGAGAUGAAGGUGGCGCUGGCCUUGACCCUGCUCCGCUUCAAGCUCUGCCCAGACCCAUCCAAGCUUCCCAUAAUGAUACCACAGCUCGUCCUCAGGUCCAGCAACGGGAUACACCUGCACUUGAAGAAGAUUCCCUGAUCCCAUGGGGCACCACGGCAGCACUGAACUUCCUUGAGUUGAAGGCGCUCAGGAGCCAGCACAGAGACAUGACACCAGCUCACCUGGAGAAAGCACUCAUCUCACUGGAAACAACUGUGGUCAGCCUUGGCCUCAUCUCCAAAACAAGAAUAAAGCAUUAUGAGGAUGCCC